AUGAUGAUAUCUUCUGAUCAUCUUAGCUUGCUAAGUGUAAAAAAAGUAGUCAAAGUUCAUGGCGACGUCCGUGGUGCCCUGGAAGAGUACGGCAGUUUCGUGGCAGUUUAUGAUAAAGUUUCUUCAGAGCUCAACAAUAGAGUCCUUGGUGUCGUGAAAGAGUUGUUUGAUCUCCACACAGAAAUUAAAGCACAGAACAUUUGUGAAAAGCUUUAUAUUGGCUAUGUUGGGGAAUUGCCUAAUAUUCAAAUCCAUGAGAGCUUAGGGAUUGAAAAUGCAACAACUCUCGAAGGAGUUCAGAGUUUCACAAACCUCAUGUGGCCCUCAGGAAAUUACAAAUUCUGCCCCUCUAUUCUCUGUCUCAACGAGCUCUCCCAGCUACUCUCUUCUUUUCUCUGUCUCAGGCCCUUUCUUCUCUUCUCUUCUCUUCUCAGUCUCAGCUUAUCUCAAGAAGAUGGGACUUCCACUCAGAUCGACGAAAAAGGGACUUCCACUCAGAUCGACGGGCAGCCCCUCUAUUCUCUGUCUCAACGAGCUCUCCCAGCUACUCUCUUCUUUUCUCUGUCUCAGGCCCUUUCUUCUCUUCUCUUCUCUUCUCAGUCUCAGCUUAUCUCAAGAAGAUGGGACUUCCACUCAGAUCGACGAAAAAGGGACUUCCACUCAGAUCGACGGGCAGCCCCUCUAUUCUCUGUCUCAACGAGCUCUCCCAGCUACUCUCUUCUUUUCUCUGUCUCAGGCCCUUUCUUCUCUUCUCUUCUCUUCUCAGUCUCAGCUUAUCUCAAGAAGAUGGGACUUCCACUCAGAUCGACGAAAAAGGGACUUCCACUCAGAUCGACGGGCAGCCCCUCUAUUCUCUGUCUCAACGAGCUCUCCCAGCUACUCUCUUCUUUUCUCUGUCUCAGGCCCUUUCUUCUCUUCUCUUCUCUUCUCAGUCUCAGCUUAUCUCAAGAAGAUGGGACUUCCACUCAGAUCGACGAAAAAGGGACUUCCACUCAGAUCGACGGGCAGCCCCUCUAUUCUCUGUCUCAACGAGCUCUCCCAGCUACUCUCUUCUUUUCUCUGUCUCAGGCCCUUUCUUCUCUUCUCUUCUCUUCUCAGUCUCAGCUUAUCUCAAGAAGAUGGGACUUCCACUCAGAUCGACGAAAAAGGGACUUCCACUCAGAUCGACGGGCAGCCCCUCUAUUCUCUGUCUCAACGAGCUCUCCCAGCUACUCUCUUCUUUUCUCUGUCUCAGGCCCUUUCUUCUCUUCUCUUCUCUUCUCAGUCUCAGCUUAUCUCAAGAAGAUGGGACUUCCACUCAGAUCGACGAAAAAGGGACUUCCACUCAGAUCGACGGGCAGCCCCUCUAUUCUCUGUCUCAACGAGCUCUCCCAGCUACUCUCUUCUUUUCUCUGUCUCAGGCCCUUUCUUCUCUUCUCUUCUCUUCUCAGUCUCAGCUUAUCUCAAGAAGAUGGGACUUCCACUCAGAUCGACGAAAAAGGGACUUCCACUCAGAUCGACGGGCAGCCCCUCUAUUCUCUGUCUCAACGAGCUCUCCCAGCUACUCUCUUCUUUUCUCUGUCUCAGGCCCUUUCUUCUCUUCUCUUCUCUUCUCAGUCUCAGCUUAUCUCAAGAAGAUGGGACUUCCACUCAGAUCGACGAAAAAGGGACUUCCACUCAGAUCGACGGGCAGCCCCUCUAUUCUCUGUCUCAACGAGCUCUCCCAGCUACUCUCUUCUUUUCUCUGUCUCAGGCCCUUUCUUCUCUUCUCUUCUCUUCUCAGUCUCAGCUUAUCUCAAGAAGAUGGGACUUCCACUCAGAUCGACGAAAAAGGGACUUCCACUCAGAUCGACGGGCAGCCCCUCUAUUCUCUGUCUCAACGAGCUCUCCCAGCUACUCUCUUCUUUUCUCUGUCUCAGGCCCUUUCUUCUCUUCUCUUCUCUUCUCAGUCUCAGCUUAUCUCAAGAAGAUGGGACUUCCACUCAGAUCGACGAAAAAGGGACUUCCACUCAGAUCGACGGGCAGCCCCUCUAUUCUCUGUCUCAACGAGCUCUCCCAGCUACUCUCUUCUUUUCUCUGUCUCAGGCCCUUUCUUCUCUUCUCUUCUCUUCUCAGUCUCAGCUUAUCUCAAGAAGAUGGGACUUCCACUCAGAUCGACGANCAGAUUUCUGAGUUGUGUUGUGAAACUGGGAUGAUGUGUAGUGUCUCAGUCUGUACAGUAUGGUACAGUCUGCUGUAUAGGUAGAUGGUGUUGUGGUACUGCAUGAAAAAAAAAUUGGUUGUAUAAAAAAAUUUGGUCAGGCAUCUGGUGUAUAGCUAAAAGGCUUGGGCAGUUGGGAGCAUUUUGUCUAUUCUGGUCUGCUUCUGCAUUCAGUCUGGGCUGGUGCUGUGUUGAUUUAUUCUGGAGCUUGUUGCUGGUGGGGAUCUAAGGCACGAAGCUGUUCAAGUUUAAGAGCCUUUUAUUGUAAUUUGGAUGAUUUUGAUCCUUUUGAAGGAUUAAAGCUAUUUUUUUCUUAUUUUUUAGAACAUCUUAUUCUUUGAUUCUUGUAAUUCAUUCUUUUUG